AUGCAUUUCAUAUUAGAUAAGUCAAUAGAUCUCGCAUUCUCUACGUGUCUGGAUGUUGAAGAGCAGAUGAGCAUCCAAACAUUAAUUUUACGUUCUUUCAGGAUGAAGGAGGAACAACGUUUCUCGAACUUCGAAAACCGGACCCCUUUUUGGCAAGAGCUCAACAUCCAAUAUGGCGAUUACUCGGUUGGUCCAGAAAAGGACGGAACUCUUGUCUUUGAAAAAACAUUGCCAACUCCUGAACCCCUAAUGCGGAAUCAAUCUCUGUACCUACACGUUUUCAUAACAAAAGCUGGCCACUCACCAAACCCUCGUGAAAGAAGUCAUAUAAAGCGUGAGUUAAUCCUUAUCUACAUGAUAGAUGACCAAAUGUUUUACUUAAAUGUACGCAUCUUGUCGUUGAUAUCCUUAUUUCAGAUUCUCAAUUUUUGGCACCCCAACCUCACAAUCAAUCUAGUUGAUGACCAGACAAAAUGGACUAAAGGUUCUUUACCACCUCCUCUGGAUGAAGCGGUCGAGUUUGACAGUAUAGGAGGAUUUUAUCUACCCAUCCUUUUUUUCAAUAACUAUUGGAAUCUAGGAUCUGAAUACAUGCCUGUGAACGAAACAGUGAAGGAAAUAACGUUGAGAGUGAGCUAUCAACCAUUGUCGCUUUUCAAGUACCAGUUAUACGCGAGCCAGCAGAUGCGAAAUAAAUGGUCAUCGAUGUUUGGUGGUGAGAUGUUUGAGCAAGAUGACGACGAUCAGGACACUAUAAAACGUGCCCUAAUCGAAACAAAUCCUAUUCUUCUUGGCAAGUGUCACCGUCGUCUUUUUGAAUUUUUGGCAUUCAAAAAUGAUAUACAGUUUUGGCGCUCGCGGAAGGAUCUUGUGGGCCUAUCUGUCCGAUCCGUAUUGUUCAACAUCUUCCAGUCCCUAAUUGUCUUUCUCUACAUAUGCGAUAAUGACACCAACUGGGUGGUAAAAAUGAGCGUUGGAAUUGGUCUUCUUAUUGAAUGCUGGAAAAUUCCUAAAGUUGUUAACGUGGAGAUUGUUCACUCAAAUAGGUAUAUACCUUUUCUUCCUUCACUAAAGUUCAGCGACAAGGGUUCUUAUGUUGAAAGUGCCACCAAAGAGUAUGACCAGCUAGCAUUCAAAUACCUAUCAUGGAUUCUUUUCCCGCUUCUUGGUGGUUACGCUGUUUAUUCUCUCUUAUAUGUCGAGCAACGUGGAUGGUAUUCUUGGAUACUCAACAUGUUUUAUGGAUUUUUGCUCAUGUUUGGUUUCAUUACCAUGACUCCUCAGUUGUUUAUAAAUUACAAGUUGAAGUCGGUUGCACAUCUCCCAUGGAGGAUGCUCACUUACAAGUUUAUUAAUACGUUUAUCGACGAUUUGUUCGCUUUUGUCAUCCGGAUGCCAAUGUUGUACCGUAUAGGAUGUUUCCGUGAUGACAUAAUUUUCCUUAUUUACUUGUACCAAAGAUGGAUCUAUCGUGUUGAUCCAAAGCGCAUGAACGAAUUUGGUACUUCAUUGGAUAGUUCCACUGAAGCCAAUGGUGAAGUAGACAUAGCAUCUGAGGCCAAUGCUACGGGCGAGCAAACAGAUCAGGAGACGAAAAAGGACAGAUAA